ACAAAAAGCAAUAAUAAAAAAUGGAUAUACAUAUAUAUAUGUGUGUGUGUGUGUGUGUGUAUGUGUGUGUGUUAUUACAAGUUGCAUCACCGUUCUAGUUCGUGACUUUCGAGGAAGUGAGGAACCUUCCUUGUAGACUGAAAUAUUAAAUGUGUUGGGAGUUCUGGUGUUUUGUUGAUAAUGGAAUCUGUUUGUUGUUUUGUUGAUAAUGGAAUCAAAUAUCUAUAAAAUUAGCUUUUGACGGGUAUCCUUAUGUCAUCGUGAGAUUUAAAAUUUCCACCAAGUAUAUUUUUUAAUGCUUGGGAUAAGGGGAGCUCAGAGUUGCAAAUUCUUUUGAACCGAGACAGGUCCUUGCCCUGCACAGUGCCAACAGCUAAGAAAAUGAGCAUUUGUUUAGUAAAGAUGUUCUCUUGUUUUGGAUUGUUAUUGUUUAUGCUUUGCUUCAAUGUUGUUACUGUGGAGCUUGCACUUGGCAAUGACAUAGACACAGACAUAGCUAACUGUCCAGAUUUAUCAUGCGGAAAUCAGGUGAUCCGAUUCCCUUUCCGAAUCCUAGAUCGCCAUCCUACAACCUGUGGUUAUCCGGGCUUUGAUUUAUCUUGUUCCUCUAAAAACAACACAGAGAUUGAACUCCCUCACCCAGUGAAGCUCAACGUCAAAAACAUUGAUUACAGACACCAAACAAUUGAAUUAUCUGAUCCAUAUGGCUGUCUUCCCAAGCAGCUCCAAUACCUCGCUCCAUCAGCCUCCCAAUUCCAGUUCCAGCAAGGUGGCUAUCAUUUUUUCAAUUGUUCAGUGACGAACAAAGGUUCACUUUUGGACUACUCCUAUUUGGUUCCAUGUCUCAACACCUUAGGCUCUCAAGUGUAUGCCGUUCCAUCCAGUACACUCAUGGAGGACCUGCCCCUGUCGUUUUGCACAAAAAUGUUUAAUAUUUCUUACAACCCUUUUGAUUUUCAAACUGAUCAGGACUAUAUUCUUCGCUUGACAUGGUCUAAGCCCAACUGUCAACAAUGCGAAUCAAAAGGGAGAAGAUGUGUGUGGAACAAUCAUGCUGCAAACAAUGGAAUAUAUUGUUUUUCCGAUCAUAAAGGUUCUUCAAAAGCUCUAGUGACUACAGGAUCAGUCCUAGGAUCCUUGUUCUUUAUGCUCUUGACUGCUGCAGUGUACCACGUCUACGACAUUUACAGACUGAGAAAAGAAAAAGAAGCAAUGUUCGUAAAAUUUCUACAAGACUAUAGAGCUCUGAAGCCCACCAGAUACUCUUAUGUCGAAAUUAAGAGAAUCACCAAAAAUUUUGAGCACAAGUUAGGAGAGGGAGCCUUUGGAACUGUGUUUAAAGGAAACAUUUCGAAAGAAAUUUCUAUUGCUGUGAAGAUCUUGAACAUUUCACACGGAAAUGGGGAAGAAUUCAUUAAUGAAGUUAGCACCAUGGGUAGAAUCCACCAUGUUAACAUUGUUCGCAUGGUGGGUUUCUGUGCUGAUGGCUUUAAUAGAGCUCUUGUAUAUGAAUUCUUACCAAACGGUUCACUGCAGAAGUUCAUCAAUUCACCAGACAACAGGCAAAACUUCCUUGGUUGGAAAAGACUUUAUGAAAUUGCUUUAGGAAUAGCCAAGGGAAUUGAGUAUCUUUACCAAGGUUGUAAUCAGCGCAUUCUCCACUUUGAUAUCAAGCCUCAAAAUGUGUUGCUAGACCACAACUUUGCUCCAAAAAUAUGUGACUUUGGUCUAGCUAAAUUGUGUUCAAGGGAUCAGAGCAUAGUGUCAAUGACUGCAGCUAGAGGAACUCUGGGGUACAUUGCUCCUGAAGUAUUCUCAAGAAACUUUGGUAAUGUUUCUGACAAGUCAGAUGUUUAUAGCUAUGGAAUGAUGCUGCUUGAAACAAUAGGAGGGAGGAAGAUCACGGAAGACAUGGAGGAAAAUACUAGCCAUGUUUACUACCCAGAAUGGAUUCAUAAUCUUUUAGAAGAACACGAGGAAAUGAGAAUCCAUAUUCAAGAAGAAGGGGAUUCAAAAAUUGCAAGGAAACUGGCUAUUGUGGGACUCUGGUGCAUCCAGUGGUAUGCCAUGAAUCGACCUUCAAUGCAAAUGGUGGUUCAAAUGUUAGAGGGAGAUGUAGAGACAGCUCCAAUACCUCCUAAUCCUUUUACUUCUUCAGCAGGUGCACGACCAAGGAGAACAAUUGCUAUUAUGGGAGUUGCUGCGAGACAACUAACCAAAGAUUUAGAUGUAAUCCAAGAGUAAGAGUGACUCAUAGCUUACAACUACAUUGGUGAAACACUGAAAUACAUUUUAGUUUAUUUUGUCUUUCAUUUGUCUUAGAUAUAAAGUUACAUGUAGCACAAAAAGCUUUAAAUAUUAGAUUUUUAUUGGACUGGCAAUUAAACA